AUGGAUGGGGCGCCAGACAAGCGGCAUGCGGCCUACCAGUCGAUUUUCGGGCGACCUACUCACCACCAGCCGCUGCCUCCACCCCAAUAUUAUCCUCAAUAUCAGGACCGGCGCACCUACAGUGUCUCUUACCAGCAGUCGCCGCCGCCGCCGCCCAACGCGCAGUAUAUAUACAGGCAGCCACCGCCCAUGCAAUACGGGUAUCCAUAUGCUCCUUCUGGAUCGUCCUUGGCGCCGCCGACGGUCAUCACUCGCGCGAGAUCUGUCGCCAGCAACCCCAACGGCAUGGGCAUAAUCGUUCCUCUUCCCGAAGAGCCGCCAGAUCCCAACCUCGACGCAUUAACAAGGUCUGGCCUUACCCCAGCUCAGGCUUACCAGGCCCAGGUCUACCUGAAUGGUCCACAGCGUUACCAGCCGUCUCCCAUGCCCCAGAGUCGCACUCCUGAUCCACCAAGACUCGGAAUUCCCGUCGACAGCUCUCGACUCAAUGUUGAUUUUUCCAACUUGAGUGAUGCCGGAACUGAUGACAGCAGUGAGCUUCCGUGGGCUCGCAAGGGUCCAACACCUUCUCCCCCCAUACCGCCCCAUCAUCACAGCCGCUUUUCCCAUGGAUCGAAUGAGAGUCCAUUUCCUCUUCACGUCGACACGCACUCUGCCCAGUCCAUCCGUUCCUCGGUCACUAGCGCCUCUCCUUCUUCAUUUACAAUGGUUGAGCAUCCCUCUAUGGAAGAAUCAUCAACUUCCACUGUAGCCGCCCGUAGGUCCUCUGAAUCCGCUCAUAUUUCUCGCGUCGGCGGUCCCCGCCAACGGGCUCCACAAGAUCGUUCCAUGUCCAUGUCUGCCACGACACCAGUGCGCAAUUCUGUGGCUCGUCCACCUGUUCCAGCUCACAAGGAAGGCCGGGAUUCUCCAAACUCUAUCCGUGUCCCUAAGAAGUCCCCUAUUGUCUACCCGGCCCUUCUUUCCCGCGUUGCUGAGGCCUUCCGAGAUCGUAUAAACUUAGGCGAUCGUAUCAAGGAUGGGUUGGAGUACAAAGAGGCAUUUGACGGACGCGAGGCGGUCGAUAAAAUCGCCUACAUUAUCAAAACAACGGACAGAAACCUUGCCUUGCUGUUAGGGCGUGCUCUCGAUGCUCAGAAGUUCUUCCACGAUGUCACCUAUGAUCACCGUCUUCGUGAUAGCCCUAAUGAACUUUACAGGUUCAGAACAAAGCUUCCAAGUCCUUUUGUCAGCGGAGAAUUGGGUAUUCAAAACAAUGAGCCCAUCAUGCCUAAAAUUCUCACCGAACACGAGAAUGAUUCAUCUCCAUCUCCAUCUACCUCUAUUCCUCGACUGCGUAAAGGUUCGGUGACUUCUGAUGAGGUCGAACUACCAUCUGGAGUCUUCACCCUUCUCACCGACUGCUAUUCUCCCACCUGUUCCCGGGAUCAGUUGUGUUACAGCAUAGCCUGUCCCCGUAGACUUGAACAACAAGCACGGCUGAACAUGAAACCACAACCCGGUCUCUCUAAGCAAAUUAGCCGAGAAAGUUUGGGUGACCUGCCUGAUGCCGGAACCCUUUGGAUUCAUUCCGUGCCACAGGAAGUGGUUAACAGCGUUUCCGACCAAGAGAAGAAAAGACAGGAAGCAAUCAACGAGGUCAUUUAUACAGAACGCGACUUUGUCAGGGACAUGGAAUAUCUUCGAGAUAUCUGGAUCAAACGCCUGCAAGAACAAGACGACGUAAUUCCACCUGAGCGACGGACGGCUUUCUUGGAACAAGUCUUCUGGAACGUAUUUGACAUCAUUGCCGUGAAUACACGUCUUCGAGACGCGCUCAACAAACGUCAAAAGUCAUACGCUGUGGUAGAGAAGAUUGGUGACAUCUUGUUGGAAGCUGUCCCUCACUUCGGACCAUUUGUAUCGUAUGGUGCCCAUCAACUCUAUGGCAAGUACGAAUUUGAGAAGGAGAAGAACGCGAAUCCGGCCUUUGCUCAGUUUGUUGAGACGACGGAACGAUUGCCCGAGUCGAGAAAGUUGGAGCUUAAUGCAUAUCUCACUAAGCCGACUACUCGAUUAGCAAGGUAUCCUCUGCUGCUAGAGGCUGUUUUAAAACACACGCCUGAGGACAACCCAGACAAGACUUUGCUUCCUGAGGCCAUUUCACUUGUGCGAGAGUUCCUAGGUCGUGUCAAUGCGGAAUCGGGAAAGACGGAAAAUCGGUUCAAUCUGAUCCAACUUGAUCAGGCAUUGGUCUUCAAACCUGGAGAAGAAGUAAAUCUUCGACUUCGGGAAGAGGGCCGAGAUAUGGUUUAUAAGGGUCCUCUAAACAAACGCGAUGGGGAAAUCCAAGUGUAUCUAUUUGAUCACGCAUUAUUGUUUACAAAAUCUGUCAAGACGAAACAGCACGAACAGGUCAAAGUCUAUCGUAGGCCAAUACCUCUCGAACUCCUCCUCAUCACCGCAUCAGAAGACACCAACACUGGAAAUGGUACCAUUAGACCACGGCAACGUCAAGGGCUCGUCAAGAAGACGUCCUUCAAUCGGGACAAUCGUGGAUCGCCUCAUGCCCCUUCCAUAGCAGUCCGCCCUCCGGAAGGAGCGAAAGGUCAAUACUGGAUCAACUUCAUCCAUUUGGGUCGGAAGUUCUACAAUCUCGUCCUAUGGUCAAAUUCCCAGUUAGGCCAGCGCAAAUGGCUUGAGAAUAUUUAUCAGCAGCAGCAGGCUAUGCGAGAGCGGAGUACCAUUUUUGAGACCGUGACACUGUGCGAGGGCUUUUUCACUGGAGUGAACAAGGUCAAUUGCGUGGCUCCAUUGAGUGGGGGCAAGAGAAUGGCCUAUGGGACGGAUGAUGGGAUUUAUAUCAUAUUGGCGCUCUUGGAAGUCAUGCAAAUUGACGUAUUGGAAGCAUAUCAGCUACUCAUAAUCCUUUCCGAGCGAUCAGUGUUUACCGUCCCUCUUGAUGCCCUGGACCCUAUGGAUCCUAAUGCUGGUAUUAAACGAGCGAAACGUAUAUCAUCUCACACGUCGUUCUUCAAAGCAGGAUACUGCCUAGGGAAGAUGCUGGUAUGCAUUGUGAAGUCGACACAGCUGUCUAGUACCUUCAAGACGCUGGAGCCCAUAGAUCAAAAUGUUCGUGGACGGAGCAAGCCGACGUUUAAAAAGUUGAUCAAUGGAGGUAACGAUACACUGAAGCUUUUCAGGGAAUUUUACAUACCGGUCGAGUCCACGUCGAUACACUACCUCAAGACGAAAAUGUGUGUUGGGUGCCCUAAGGGCUUUGAGAUCGUGGAUCUCGAAACUUUGGAUACCCAGGGACUUCUGGAUCCCAGUGACGAGUCUCUGGAGUUUGUCCGAAGAAGAGAGGGUCUGAAGCCUAUGGCGAUCUAUCGCAUACAGAACGAGUUUCUGUUGUGCUACGAUGAAUUUGCUUUUUAUGUCAACAAGUCUGGUCGAAUGUCACGGAAGGACUUUAUGGUGCAUUGGGAGGGGGUUCCAACCGGAUUUGCACUGCAUGAGCCUUUCGUGCUCGCCUUUGAACCAUCGUUUGUGGAAAUAAGGCACAUAGACACAGGCGCAAUGUCGCAAGUCAUCCAAGGCUCCAAUUUACGGUUGCUAUUUGCAGACAACCCUCCGUCUGUCAUUAAUAGUGGCGGUGCGGCCUACUACAACUCUUAUCCAGCUGGUUAUGGGGGUUACGGGCAGCCUCAGGCGCAGCAGAUGCCAUAUCAUCCCAACAUGAACGUGAAUCAAUACAAUCGGAAUUCACUAGGCGCAGGUCGUGACGAGAUACUGAUGGUUUCUGAUGACCGGGUGUUAGCUCUACGAACAGUCCUUGGAGCGCAAAGAUACAUGUCGGAUAAUGUGUCGAUGACAUCACGCGGAUCACGGUGA